UGACGUCAGGAACUCCAGGGUGUAAAGCCAUAGCAGUUGCGUUACACUUGAUGAUAAUCUCGUCAUUUGCCUGGAUGACUGUUAUGAGUUACGACGUAUCCAAAACGUUUUCCGAAAAAGGCAAAGCUUCUGAUGGGAAUUCAAGUUCUGGUUUUCGCCGUUACGUCGUAUUUGCCACGUCCAUUUCAAGUGGCAUUGUAACGCUGACGUUUAUUCUGGGGGAAACUGAAGCUAUUCCUGUUGGAUAUGGCGAAUCAUCAUCCUGUUGGAUUGGCCAACGACUAUCAUUGAUAUUAUUCUUUUAUGUUCCUGUGGCAAUCAUGCUUGUGUUUAACGCUGUGUCUUUGGUAUGGACUAUCUUCAGUAUUCGUAAUGUCACCAAGAUAACAAAAGAUGUUCAAAAGUCUGUUAAAUCCGACACACGAGGUAAAAAUGUGAAGAUAUACGUGAAGCUAUCAACAGUGAUGGGCGUGACUUGGCUCCUAGGGUUUGGUGCUGCACAUAACACUAUUGUCGCAUAUCUUUAUGUUAUUGUGAACAGUUUACAAGGUGUCUUCAUCUUUGUGGCUUUCGUCUUAAACAAGAGAACGAUGAAUAUGUGGCGAAAUAAUAGUGGUCACUGCCACAGCACCAGACGACAAACCAAGUUGUCAAAAGAGUCGUAUGCAUCAACGAACCAGUUGACUGGAGCAAUUUCUGACCAACACCAACACAGGAAACUGGUUUCACUAAACCCCAACAAUCUUCAUUCAAACUUUAAAUAGAAAAUACAGAGAAAGGACUCACAUGGGGAGCUUUGUAGAAUAGUUUUAGGCAGACUAUCUUUGGUCUUUUACAGUAUUUUCAAAGCGUUCAAUUAUUUGAAAGCUUUGUAUGUAUUUGAUAUAUUGAAAGCUUUGU